CACAGUACUCCGGAGGGGAGGGGGGUUGACAGUCACGGACCGAAAGUCUAUUGGACCCCUGUCAAAAUCAUUCAAAGGAGUGGGGCGUGUUUAGGCCGUAGAGUUCCCUUGCAACUGUGCUGUCACUCAAACCAUAGCUGACUUAUAAUUGGCUAGUUAUGGUGCAAUGCCAAGCCCCUUCUGGCUGGCAGUGAUGUAGAAAUGAUACCGUGGGAAAGCUUGGUCCUUCAAACGGAUGAGCUCGACGCAUAGCUGAUAGACGCACAGAGUCGGAGAAUUGAAAGACUUGGACCAUACUGUAUUGUACUCUGAACGAAGGAAACACACCAGCGGAUAAAAAUGAAAAGGAAUCACGAUUUUAGCUCCUCGGACAGCGAGCUGGACGAGAACAUUGAGGUUGAGAAGGAGAGUGCCGAUGAAAAUGGGAACAUGAGUUCUCCCCUUGGGCCGAUGUCUCCAGCAACAAAAACUCAAGUGAAUGCGAGGAAGCGCCGUCGAGGAAUCAUUGAAAAACGUCGCCGUGACAGAAUCAACAACAGCCUCACCGAGCUGCGCAGACUGGUCCCUAGCGCGUUCGAGAAGCAGGGUUCAGCUAAACUGGAGAAAGCAGAGAUUCUGCAGAUGACGGUGGAUCAUCUGAAGAUGCUUCAUGCUGCUGGAGGAAAAGGUUACUUUGAUGCCCAUGCCCUGGCCUCGGACUACCGGGGUCUGGGCUUCAGGGAAUGUCUGGCUGAGACGGCCCGCUACCUGAGCAUUAUGGAAGGCCUGGACAGCACUGACCCCCUGCGGAUCCGCCUGGUCUCCCACCUGAACAGCUACGCCUCUCAGAGAGAGGCCCACUCCGUCUCUGUGUCUGGACUGGGCCACCUGGCAUGGGGCUCGGCCUUUGGGUCUCCCCCCUCCGCCCACCUGGCCCACCACCUCCUCCUCCAGCAGCAGCACCAUCAACACCAGCAGGGGGCGACAUUACCGUUACCACGCAGCGCCUCCAACAGCUCUCCAUCAUCCUCCUCUUCUACUUCUUCUUCAUCCUCUUCUUCCUCCUCCUCGCCGAUAGAGAGAGAGCCUCGCUCCUCGCCCCAUGGCCAUGCUCCCAGCAGGCUUAGCGGUGCCACCCCCCUCUCUGAGCACAGUCACGCCCAGGGGGGUCCUCUCCGUGUCCCCCCCAGUGCUGCCCCCUCCCCCAGGGCUGAACCUCCUGCAGCCUCCAAGCUCUCCCCUCCCCUCUCCCUGUCCUCCCUCUCCACCCUAUCGGCGUUCCCCUUCCCCUUCAGUGCCUUUCCCCUGCUGUCCCCCAGCACCCUCAGCCCCCCGUCCACCCCCUCCAGCCAAGCCAGCCUGGGGAAGCAGCCUUACCGGCCCUGGGGCAUGGAGAUAGGGGCUUUCUGAACAAUCUUUAACCCCCCUCCACACUGACUAAACUGACCAAGUAGAUGGCUAGAGAGUGCACCAUCACUACGAACUGAACUGAACUCACCAGCUGAGCUGGAACUUUCAAUGGCCAAGAAGAUGUUGUUUUUCUAUCAUACCACAUCAACAUUCUAUAAAGGAGAUAGCUAUAGGAAUACCAUUUUUCUAUCAUACCAUAUCAACAUUCUAUAAAGGAGAUAGCUAUAGGAAUACCAUUUUUUAUUUUCCUAGAAAUUGCGUUUUUCUUUGAUGUUGACGAAAGAGGGAAACAAUUGUAAGAGAGCAAACAAAGUGAUUGUUUAAUUAACAAUAUUGAGUUAUCUAUGUGUUGUCUGUUAAUGGGCUUUGCUUCUCCUCCCAUAGUGUGUUCAGCCUGUAAGGGGAACAUUUCACAGAUGGUCAGGCUGUCAAUCAAGUUCUCAGCGAAAUUGUCCCCUUUGUUUUCCCAUUGAGCUCUGGACUGUACUUGUAUCUCCCAGAGAGAGGGAGCGAGCGAGAGAGAGAGAGAGGCAUGGAGAGGGAGGUCUUGAUGGUGCCCUUUUUAUGACAUUUUAUUGACUGGAAGAACUAAAACCAGGUGUUUGUUUGACUGUUAGAAUUUAUCCGGAACCCUCUUGUUUUCCAUUAGUUUGAUUUGCAUUCUCUGUGUGAGUUUCUAUCGCAGCAAAAUCUCUCUGAAGUAAUGUAUUUACAGUCAUGAGUCAAGGGUGAGGACAACAAAGAGUUAAUGUCCUUAGACGUGAUGUCUACAGAGGUCACAAGACCCUGUAUUUCUGAUUGUUAGCAGAUUGCAGUCAAAAAGUGGUAGCUGUACAAUUGUUUAACAUUAAACAACAUACUGUCAUAGCGAGCUGAGCAGGCAGCUAUUGAGAUGUAUGGAACCAAUUGGAAUCGGUGUAAUAAAAAAAUGCAAUGCUUUUUCAAAGAAUUACAAUACUAGUUGGUCUGAGACUUGCAACAAAAAUUCUUUACACUCCUUUGCAUUCAAUUAUAUUAUAUGAUCCAUAAAAAGUGGUGGAGGCGUGACACUCUUCUCAAUUAAAACAUAUAUUUUUUAUGAAUUAAUAGGCAAAUUAUCAUAUAUCAUUUUCAAACAUAGAUGCCAAUAGGAACAAUCGCUCAAACACACUGCAGUAUCCCUGUACCUCUAUAUAGUCAUUGCUCAGAGAUAUCUAGACUACAUAUAUCCCCUAUACGGUCCAAUUCUAGAUUGUUUCCGACCAUAUCUCUGUGGAUUCUAUGGCGAGUCUGUGACAGUAAUAGCAUCCCCUCUUGUAUAAGAUGUGUAUUUUUACCAAACCUCAAAAGUGAUUUUGUCAUAAGUGUUUUGUAUAAAAAAAGCGCUGAUAAAUUUGAUUCCUCAGCUUUCUAAUAAUGAUAUACUGUGUGUAUACAUGUACACUAGAGAUGGUAUGUAUGUAAAGAGAGAGUGCUGGGAUGGCAUGUGAGCUACUCUAUUCCGUCCUUCACUUAUCUAUCUGUGACUUAUCUGCAAUAAAAAGCUAUGAGAAAAUGAAA